UUGGGAGAGACGCCCAUGCAUUGUGCUGCCUGGCACGGCUACGUUCCCAUUGUGCGCAUUUUCUGCGAGAACGGGGCCAUGCUCUCGCUGCAGAAUAAGGAAAAAGAAACCGCUCUGCAUUGCGCUGCUGUUCGGGGAAAUAUUGAUUGUGUCAGGAUUUUGCUAGAAAAUCAAGCACCACUGAAUGUCACUGACAAGCGAGGCAGCACUCCCCUACACCUGGCUUGUCAACGACAUAAUGCUGCCAUAGCUUUGCUCAUUUUGAAUGCUGGAUGUAAACUGGAUAUUAUUGACAAGGAGACGGGUGAGAGUGCCCUCCACUGUGCGGCCAGGGAGGGACUCCUGCACGUUGUCCAGACCUUGUGUUCUCUCGGGGCAGAUGUGGAUCAAGUCACAGAGGAUGGCUUGACUCCUCUGCACCUGGCUUGUAAGUCAGGACACAUAGAAAUAGCUCGGAGCUUACUGUUUGUAGGGGCCAAUCCAGAUGCUGUGAAUAAGGAUGGAGUAACCGGUGAAAUAAUGGCUUUGGCUCAAGGGUACACAAACAUCGCAGAGCUGUUGAACAGCGUCAAAGGGGAGAAACGGCUUGCCCUGAUCAGUCAGCUCAAACUGUCGCCACAGCCGAUACCUCGGGUCAAGUUGAAGCUGCUGGGCUCCACAGGGGUGGGGAAGUCCACGCUGGUGGAGUCUCUCAAGUGUGGCUUUCUGGGGAGUUUCUUCCGGAGACGAACCCACGCUCCUUCACCCUCAGUCAAGAGUAAAACGAGGAGCAGACUGUCUCGACAAUUCAGCCUCCCAACUCCUCUGAACUACACUGUGGGAAAUCCAUCCUACACAAAAGGCAUUGAUGUUCAAAAUAUAACAAUUUCAGGCACCGGUGAAUGGAGCAUAUGGGAUUUUUCAGGCUAUGAGCCGUACUAUAUGCUGUACGACCACUUUCUGGGGGAUGUCCACUGUGCGCACGUGGUCAUGUUUAACCUGCAGGACUCGCUGGACGAGCAGAUGGCUCAGGUCGUUUUCUGGCUGAACUUCCUCAAGGCUCGGAUCCACCCCAAGAUGCCCAUAGACCACUGCGGCAAACUCCAAAACACAGGCCAGGUGGUGCUGGUGGCCACUCACGCGGACAAAGCAACCACACCCACCCAGAAGAGCUCCAGCGGCAGCGGUCUUCACACCAGCGAGGACGCCCAGUACAUCCUGGAGAAGGUGCUGACCAUGUUCCAGUACGACCUGGACAUCUGCCCACAGGUGUACGUGAUGGACACACAGCUGCCCUCCUCUGUGGACAUGCGGGCUUUCAAGCACCAGCUGGGGAAGAUGAGAAAGAGUCUUUCGGAUAAAAUCCCCCGCUCUAACGGUUUCCUGUCAGCCGUGGUUGCCCAGCUGCCAGAGUGGCGCAAGGCUCUGGCGUCGUACCCUGUGCUGAGCUGGCCUCAGUUCUCAGAGCAUGUGCGGGGCUGUGUCAACCCACUGGCUAGCGAUGAAGAUGUCAAGCUGCUGGAUCGGCAGCUGCAGCUGAUGGGAGAGAUUGUUUAUUUGCAUAGCCACACGGACCUAGUGGUGGUCAGCCCCCGCUGGCUCGGGGUGGACGUCUUAGGCCACAUCAUGUCCCACGAGAGGAUCGCCCAGGCUCGCGUCAUCGGAUGUUUCUCAUUGGAUGAGUUCCAGUUGAUGUACCCCAGCACUGAUGCUCUUAGUUUACUUCAGGUUCUGGAAGCUCUCGAGAUGUGCACUCCGUGUGAGGUUGACGGAGAUGUGGAGUACGAGUUUCCCUGUCUCAACUUUGUGGAAGCUCUUGAGGGCCUGUGGCUGCGGGAUGAGAAACGGUUUCAGUCCCCGGUGUACGGAGGUGUACGCCUACACACCAGCUUCCAGUCCGGGGCACAGCUCAAGUACUUGUUUCCUCGUAUACAGGUGUGUCUCCGCCGUAGCAUACUGUCAGGAGACGAGGAGCAAGAGGAGGAGGGAGAUAGCAGCGGCGACGAGGAACACAGGGUGAAGGAGGAGCAGAAGGACGCAGACCUGUACCAGUGGCACCACGGCUCCAAGUACUGCUGUGCCCGACUGGAGGGCAUCAUCGACAUGGACCGCAAUGAACAGUUUCUGGAAAUCAAAGUUCGUGGUCCAGAGGGAGAGCGGGCGAACCUGUAUUACUUUCUAGAAGACUUUGUGAACAUUGUGGAGCAGGUGGUGGAGAACGUGUGUCCAGGACUCUGUGUGGAGAGGUACACGCUCAGCCCCUCACAGCUCAGUGAGCACGGCAAGGUCGUUCGGUCGUAUUCGCCGACGGAGCUCCUUCGCAUGCAGUUGGAGAAUCGCUCGUCCGUUGUUCUCAGUGGGAAUCUGAAGGAAGAUUUCAUCGAUAUUGCGUGCCUGGGCUCAGAAGAAAUCCUAGAGACAGUGACACUGGGUAUGGAUCUGCCCAUCUCACAUCUGACUGUCCACACUCAGAGGCUGCUCAGUUUGCUGCUGGAUCCUCCUGAGGCAAUGGGCAAGGACUGGUGUCUUCUGGCCGUCUCGCUGGGACUCAGUGACGCCUUGCCCUCUUUGGAGGCAACAGAGGAGACAGGGGAGGGAACUUGUGUCAGUCAGACACAGAAGGUGCUAAGUGAAUGGACCAGACGACACAAUGAUGCCUCCAUAAGACAGCUUGUGUAUAAGCUGAAAGAAAUUAGUCGUUUGGAUGCAGUAGAAGCGAUAUUAAGGACAGGACCACCCUUCAAGGUGUUAUCCUUUGAAGACCAAAUGACUGAUAGCACAGGAACACAUGGGACAAAUGCCUCCACCAACACCUUAUCAAACUUGUCCAGAUGACAAACGUAAAGGAGACCAUUCUUACAACUGAACGAGUGUCCAACUUCAAAGUGUCAAGAUGUGCUGCUGUUUCGCUGAAACUCUUGUUGCCUCUCCUGUGCCUUUUUUUGGAUAUCGUUGGCUUAGGUACAUACAGCUUGGAGUAACUGAUUUGCGUCCUUGAUUAUUUUAGCCAAAUGACUGGAUUCUGUCAUGUUCUUUUGUUUAGUAUUUUCUUUCCAACUGUAUCUGAGGGAAGUGUAUAGGUACCAGUCAUUGAAAGUUGUUUUUACGGUUAUCUCUAAUCAGUUUUGUCCUGAAAGAAUUACAAGGAGUAGAUAAAAACUGUGGAAUGAGAUGUUCCGGAUUCAGUAGUGACAGUGCCUCUCCCGAUGUGGGGAGGGUUGCAGUCAGAUAAGUACACCCUACUAGUAGGUGACAUUGUCUUGCAUGUCUUGGCUAUGAUAAGUCUUUCUACUAUGUCAUAUGGACUUUUGUUCACACUUGUAUCAGUAAAUUGGGGGGAUUUUUCUUGAACUUUGGCAGGUGCUAUGUUGGGGGUUAGUGGUAUAACGUUACCCUCUGUGGAACUGGAUGGUCUUUUUGCUUUGCUUUACCUGUCUCCUGAUGGGCUGUCGUCUUUAUUCUGUGUUGGGAGGAUAUCCUGUCUGCUUUGUCUCUCUCGUAUUCAAAAUUGACGUCCCGAUACUGAAAUUGAACAGCAUUUGAUGCAGAAUUACUCUUUUGAGGAUUGUCUUUUUUGUUCUAAAAUCCUGAAACCUUUCUUCAGCUUGUGAUAUUUGGGGAACAGAAAUUAGAUUAUGAUAUAUGUCUAUACGGCACGGAGCAGCUGGUUUUCAGGGUGUAUAGCAUGCAUCAACAGCACAAGGAGCUGAUUAGGAGGGUGUUUCCAGUGUGUUAAACAAUGAGAAAGAGAAUAUAUAUAUAUAAAUAUUUAUACAUAUAUAUGAUGCAUCCGGCACAGUGGUAGGGAUAUGUCGCCAUUUGAUGUGGCUUUCCCUUCAAACUAUAAAUAGAUGUGUGGUCUCUCUCAACUUCAACCUUCUUCGGGGACUGAAAAAGAAGCUGUCUUCUGUGAUUUGCAAAUCUUCUGCUUCUGUUUUUUUGCUGUGUCUGUUGCUCAAGUGGUGGGUGUCCUAUGUCAAACAAGCUAUGAAUUACAUAGUCUACAAUCAUCAUUUAAACACACCCCCCCUAACUGGUGAAGGGACCAUCCCAUAUUAUCUGUAUGUUGAGUUAAUAUAUGGAUCCGUCUUUCUUAUUUUCAUAAAAAGUCUCAAAUAUCCGCUGUCAAAAGAUGAUUCAUUUCAUCCCUCAUCAUUUUGUACAUAUGCGUAAAAUAUGCUCUGAUAGUAAGAAAAUGAUUUGACCAUAGUACUUGAUAGUGCUAUCAGCACUGCUUUGGGAUUUAGAUAUAGUUUUGUGAGCAUCACUUGUUGUUUUUUUUAACGGUAGUUUUAAUUAAGAAAUAAUGUUUACUAGGCAACCUUUGUCAGGUUUAUUUUGUAUUGUGCAUGUCAACACCUUUAUGUCACAUUCUUGACUACCGUCUUUGUGCUUGUGAUUGAUACCUCCUUGUUCAAAGUGUUAUCUGAUAGUGAGAUAAGUAGUGAAGAAAUGAAUGAGCCCCUCAAAUUCUGUAACAGUAAGAGCCAGUGGAGAGGUCUGUUUAUCCGUAACACAAAGCAAGUGUGCAAAUAGUGGGAGCGGCAGUGUUUGAACCUAUGCAAUUUAUCAGUACAUCACUGUUGGAAAUGUUGUUUUAAAUAACAAUAAUAGAAUGUUACUGUUGUUUUUAAUCUUCCUUUUGUCUUCUUGAACUCAGGCCAUGCUUUUUAAAAAGGCAGAAAAUGGCAAAUGUAGGUUUAGAUUUUUGGGGGGUUGAGUUUUUAACAUCAGUAUUUAGCCUCUAGGAAAUGAAGCCUUUUUAUUGCUUAUGCAAAUACUCUGUAUUAUUUUCAUUAGCCUUGCUGAAUAUUGUCCAAGAGAGUAUUGUAUCUAAGGUUUUGACUCUUAAAUUACAUUGAUCGUUUUUACCCCGUUACCCCUUUAUUUCUCCAAUGUAAUUAUGUAAUAUAUAUCUUUCUCAUUAACAAAAUGUGUGUACAGAAAGUGUGUACAUACAAGCCCCACCCAUGUACAAUUCACUGCAUUGUCAUGUCAGUGAUGCAGUGUUGUCCUUGCUUGGUUUGAAGUAUGUGUGGGGUUAUUUAUCCUGGAGCUGGUGUCCUUCCCGUCGCCAUUCUUUGUUUGAACAUAAUAAAUUACAUCUGCCUUGUACAGACUAACUUAACUGGAUUGCCUGACUACAACCCAAACCGACUAUGGUCUGUGGUGAACCUGACCUAUGCACAUGAUUUCAUCUGAUGACUUAACUGCCUCCACUUUAUCUUGUACUUUAUAUAUGACCAAAGUCUCUCUCUUUGAUUUGAACAUAUGAGUCUCUUGAACAUGUAGAUUAUUUAUUGUAUCUUUUGUACAUGUUUGUAUUUAUUAUAAGUGCUAAGGAGGGCAAGGUGACUGUCUGCGAAGUGUUGUACAUUGUCAUCUCAUGUGAAGGUGAAAGGUAAAAUGUUUUGUCAUGACAUAUUUAUGGUGCUUGACUUGCCUAGCCUUUGCACUUUUGACGCAAUUACCUGUGAGUUUGACGUCUUUAUAACCAACAUGUGCUCAGUUGCCUACUUCAGUGGGUUCUUUCUGAGCAUUUGUUCGAAAAAACCCAAACAUUUUGGGGCAAAAAAGUCUUUGGGUGUAAUCCUGAAUACUUUUUCCUCCUUGUGAAUGAGUGUCUCACCCACCUACAUGGCCACUUGCCACAAGCCAUGACCACAACCACUAUUUCUCACGAUGAAAUCCAUUACAUUAGUAUCUCACAAAGCCACGCUUUACGCAAAAAGUGAUGGAGAGUCUUUUUGCAACAGUGUAAAACCCUAGCUCCAUCCAUACUAUGGGAUAUGGCUGUAAAGUCACCAUAAGAAUUUUCAAUUAGCAAAAUAAAUGGCACAUCAGUUUAUGAGAAGGAAAACAAGCUUUAACUGUUUUUGAUAGUUCCCAACAGUUUGCUUGAAUGAAUUACCUGGUGCUAUGAAAGCACUUUUUGCCUUUUAUAGAACCUAGCCUAUCUUUUAGACACCAAACUCCUUUCUCAAGGUGAAAUGGUUGUAGUUAAGGUUUGGAAUUAUUGACAACACUUUAAAUGGAGACAUGGUACUGAAUUACGUAAAACAAUAAAGAUGCAAGUUGUGCCAAAAUUUCAGUGAGACUCAAGAGCAAGAAGAAUUAACUGUGAUGUUACUUUGUGUAUUAUAUUUUAGCUUUUUAUUUUAAGCUUCCUACUGAAAUGGCACCGUGAGCUACCUGAAUGUGGGAGGGGGUGGGGUGUUGUUGAUACACUACAGAGUAAGCAAUAUAAACUGAGGGGCACAAAAAUCGGUAAUGUGGUAAAAUUCAAACUUGAGAGUAUUAAAGAGUAGAAACUUAAGGUACAUUCCAAAACUAGAUCUACGUAGUUUUUGUCGUACAGCGACCACAUGACACCAUUCCCUCUUUAUACACAUGGAGACGUUUAUUAGUCUGCAUAUCUUCACAAUCGUUAAAUAUACUAGACCAUGUUUCCAUCAUUCACUAGUUUAUCUAACCUAAGGAACAUGAAUGUGCGUUUGUGACAAAUAUUUGUUCAUCAUCCAAGACCCUACAAAUUGUAACAGGUAACAACACAAAAUGGACAUUAGUAGUGGACUUAGUUCUCAUAAAUUAGUUAUGAAAGACAGCAAGAGCUGAAAUCGUAGAUCAUUUCUUUUUACAGAAUACUGAGACAGGAUUACUGAAGUGUGCAAACUUGACUCAGAAUUGUCCUCUUUUUUUUAUGGAAGAAUCAUCAUUUGAGUGAUUCACCUUCUUCAUGUAGAGGGAAUUCAUGUUAAAAGAAAUUUCCUUAACUUUCUAUUGUCAGAGGUAACCCCAACGUAUUCUAUCUGGGAAACCCAUCAACCAGAAAAAGUCCAAAAAGCUUUCAUUUCAAGUUUCCCCUCUCCUUCAAGCGUAAUUCUCAAGCUAGUAUGAUGUACACUAGAGUGUGUUGGUUGACAAACUGGAAGAAGUGGAGGAAAGUUGAAGUUUUUAGAAUGAGAUUGGCUUUCAAGCUUUUUGAGCGUUUAUUUCUAGAAUAUUUGGAGGAAACCAGACAGAUUUUUAGUUCAAUCUUCAAUUGACCAAAUUGAGUAAACAUUUCCUUUUAUAGAUACAAUAGGAGCAUUGAUCUAGUAUGAAAACUUUCUCGAGAUGACCGAAUUUUUGCAAACUUAAUUUUGAAAUUAUAUCUUUGUCAGGUGCCUCAAGGUAUACAUGCCACACAGUCUUAUCAGAACAUUUUUUAUGGCAUGUCAUAUAUUAUAAGACUGGGGGUUUUUUGCAGAUGGUUGCAAACUCAACACGCGGGUAUGAAAGUUUUUGGUAUGAAGUUUGUGCUGUUAAAAUUGUUCUUAUCCUUCUAGAAUAGUUCCAGAAAAAUAAUUGUGUUACUGAUCCAUUCUCUGCCUGAUGGAGCUUUAUGCUUCAACACACUCCACAACAAAAACACAAGAAGAUUUAGGAAAAUGUCCAGCAUUGCAUUGGGAUUUGUCUUUGACUCUACUCAAUGUUUGUGAAUUUUUACUUCCAAUUUUUGUGACGUAACUCUUGACUUAUUAACUCACAGUCUUUACUUGACUGGAAAAAUGAUGAAACCUCUCAGUAAUAUCAGUAGUUGGACCUAUGAUGGCUUCUAGAGUAGUGCAGCGGCAUGUGGGUGAAGCAAAAUUAGGUUUUAUUCUCUUGUCUGUCAUUUUCCUGUGAAUAUUCAUGGUCUUUAAUAGAUGAGUCAUAUCAGGUGGAUUUAGGAAAAUACAAUGAUAUUAAUAUUUAGAAAAUCUAAUAUGCACUGUAAAGGUUUGUUUGCUUUCUGCACAGACAAAACUAAUGUAAUUAUAUUUCUCUUUAAAAAAAACCAAAAAAACUCUUACACUUAAAGCCAAGGGUAAGAAUAUGAAAUGGCCAGAAAAUACACAUUUUGUUAACAUCAAAGAAUAGUUUUGACAGACUAUACAGAUAACCUAAAAUUAUACCUCAUGACAUGACAAUGGAUUAACUCUAGAGGUUUGUUUUAACUUGUACUGCAUUACUUUAUUGCAAUUUGUUUUACUACUUCUUUACAACAUGACUGGUAUUCAUCUGUCUAUUUUUUAUGAAUUGUGCUAUUUGAAUUGUCUUUCUUGAGAAUUUCUUGACUUCUUGCCACUCUCAGAUAUUCUAUUUCUUUGUUAACAGUAGGCUACUGUGGUCUGAGCAUUACUGUUUUGCUGCUGAAUCAAUGUCUGUUCUCACAUUUGAAGGUGAAGAAAAUAUCUUCAGUUUACUUUACAUCAGUCUUCCAGUCACUUCAGUGCUCAAAUUACGCUUUGCUGCAAGUCUUUGGGAUUUUUUAAUGCUUGGUUUACUCUUUCCAUUUCAUUACGCUCUUGUUGAUGGCCAAUAAUGGGGGGGGGAUGUCCGUUCCGUGUGUUGACUUUGUCUUGGGCACCAUGGGUUUAACUCAUUUGAGCCUAUUUCCGUGUAUUUACAGGAUACGCUUUAUCAAUCGAUAUCUCGGGUGUUUUUCAUUUACAAGCUAUUGGAAGCACUGAACCAAUAGCUGACCCUCUUGUUUUGUUUCAUUAAUAAUUUUUUUGAAGUUAUGCGCUACACUUUUUGAACAGUAAUGGACUAAGCCAGUCACCCCCGCAUUGUGACAGAUGAUUUUAUUAUAAAUUGGGCACUAAAAAACUGUGUAACCCAUAGACAUUACUAUUUCAAAAUAGUGAUAAAAUAAAAACUAUUCAGACAAAUCAGAUGCAGUUUUCUUUUUUUUUGGUUAGAGUAUUUCUUCCUUUCUUUUGUUGCUUUUUAAAAAUUAUGAUAGCUUUCACAGUAUUUUUGUGGUUAAUGAUUCAAUAUACCCCGAAACUGUCAGGCUGUAAUGGUUGUUGGGUGAAAAAUAGCUCAGGCUCAAGUGAGUUAAUACUUCAAUGAUGACUCUAUCCUACAUGCAAAAAUAGUUUUGCCCUGCAGCUAUACGUGAUAUCAUAUUCCCUUCUUUUUAAGUCGGAAAACAGCUGACAAAUUCAUGAUCGUCUUGAUCAUAAUCUCCUCUAGCGUCAUCUCCACAAGUCUUAUUUUAUCGCAUAAUCUUGACUUGUUCCACAGUUAGGGUAACAAUAAUUGCUAGUGAUGGUGCUUGUGUUCGACUUGCAUAUAAGUAGAGAGAAAAGGCAGUGCUUUUCCAUUCACAUGUAGCUCUGGCACCUCUGAGCGAGCACUGCUUGGCCUUCACAUGCAAAAGACAUGGGUUUGAUUCUUAUGUCGGAGAAUUUCUUUUUUUAGGAUAUCGUGAUCUUUCCGCUAGUAUUAUGUAUCCCUCUCAGCCCCAGUUGGCCCUUGUGGGCAGUGUUUAAUUAAAAUUUUCAGUCUCCCAACUAUCUGGUCCCCCUGUCUCUCAUGUACUCAUCAUUAGUUCCGAGGUCCGUAGCGCUUUUCUACAUCAUAGUGCAGGUUGGCUAAAUAAAUAAUUGUCCGAAAAUGAGUAGCAGAGUAGGCAUUCUCAAUUUUUCUCACCUUUUAACAUUGCCUCUGAGAUCAUUGACAUUUCUAUGCAGUCAAUUGUACUGCUCAGGACGGUUUGUUUGACAUGACUUACCAAAUGAUACAUGUAUGCAUGUGUGAACGUUAAGGACAGUUUUUUUGUUUGUUUGUUGUUUUAGGAGUUUAUAUGGCUCCUCGACUUCAUUGUUGGUCUUAUCAGAGUUGGUAUUUUAAUGGGUUGUAAAUUAAAUGUUUAUAAAAAGGCUUUUAACCUUCACUAUAACCUACCAUCUUAGGUUGCCUUCAUGAUUUUGUUAUCAUACAUUUUGUUUUAUACAUUCUUUUGUACCUUAAAUUUUGUUUUGUUUUUGCCUCAACCACAUAUGUUGCAAUGAUCGUCUGAUCGUCAUUUCCUUUCAGAUCAACCUUUUAUUUUUGUACAGCUGAACAUUUGUUUUCUCGUCAGAUCUGACAUUUGAGCUAUUCAUAAAAUAAACCUUGCCACAAUAUGAA